AUGCCUGGACAAGCACAAAUAUGGGGCUUCAAUCAUGGGAAAUGUUAUGACCCGUGCAACGCCGCCGCGCCGCGCUGGGCUGGAUUCGACAUUGUGCUCGCUUGUAUGACGCGUUUGGUUGAAAUAAUAUGCGAGGCUGGAAUAGUGUCCGUGUCCGACGGUCACUUGGACAUCGCGUCACCGCGAGACAAUUGGAAGGUGCUGUUAGCGCAUUACGCCGGGCCCACCGCCAUCGUGGUAGUCACGGCACUGGUGAUUGCUGCUCUGCCACUAGCCGGGUUAUUCUGGUGUUGCUGCUACUGGUGCCGCGUGGGACGACGCCGGAGACCCUUCGACCGCAAAUAUGACGCCUGUCUCAAAGGCAUCCUUGCCAUACUCCUCAUAGGAUUGCUCACAUUAUUCUUGUUCGGAGUGGUCUGCGCGUUCGCGACGGACUCUCAAGUGGAGGACGGGAUGGCGGACGCUCCGGACUCGCUGCGGGACGGCAUCCGGGACGCCCAGGAGUUCCUCAACGCGACGCAGGCGCACGCCCGCUGGCUGCUCGUCGUCAACUACAGGGAGCUCAAGGACGCUCUGAACGCGGUGCUCCGCACGAGCGGCAUGACGGUGGCGCUGAAGCUGGGCGAGUUCUCGCACGCGGCGUCGGUGAGCGCGCUGAGCCGCAUGGUGGCGCGGCUGGACGACGUGCGCGCCGACCUGCGCGCCGUGCACGCGCUCACCGACGCGCUGCGACACCACGCCGACGCGCUCAACGCAGGUCUCCGCAAGGUGAAGAACCAGCUGCUCCAGACCCUGGCGCGCUGCGACCAGCCCAACUGCAAGGCUCUGCAGAACAAGUACAAGCUGGGCCAGCUGGACACGGAGAUACACUACAGUCAGAUGCUCGACAAGUAUUAUCCCACGAUGCCGGACGUGUCUCCGCUACUCAGCAGCGUCUCCGUGCUCCUCGAGGGACACAUCCAGGAGGAGGUGGCCGCCGGUCAGCAAGUGUUCAGGGACAUACAGUACGGGAUCCGGCGCUCCAUCGACACCCACAUACCCGACGUGCAGAACGCCAUCGAGGAGACCGGUCGCAAGCUGGAGGGCAUCGCGGAGCAGAUCACGCAGCUGGCCGGCAACGCGAGCGCGCGGCUGGCGAGCGACGGCGGCGGCGCGGCGGACGCGCUGCGGAGCCUGCACGCGCGCUACGGGCCCUACCGUCGCCACGCCGGGCUGGCGGCCGCGCUCGCGCUCCUAGCGAUAACGUUGCUGCUGGUGUGGGGGCUGGUGUGCGGCGUGUGCGGCAAGCGCCCCGACGCGUACGGCGCCGCGGACUGCUGCAACAAGGGCGCCGGCGCGCGCUGCCUGCUCUGCGGCGUGGGCGCGACGCUGGCGGCGGGCGGCGCGGUGGCGCUGGUGCUGCUGGUGCACUUCGCCGCGGGGCUCGCCGCGCAGCGCUUCGUGUGCGACCCGCUCACAGAGCCCCGCGGUAACCGUCUGUUCGAGGACCUGGAGAAGUUCGUCGACCUGGAGAAGAUGCUGUUCAACGAGCGGCUAGACCCCAACUUCAACAUGACGUCCGUGCUGCUGCAGUGCCACAUGAACCACACCAUAUACGAGACGCUGCAGCUGCGGCGCGUGUACGACGUGGAGGAGCUGCGGCGCGCGCUGGGGGCCGCCGUGGGGGCGCGCGUGCGGUCCCUGCGCGCCCGCUACCCGCAGGAGGCGGCGCGCGGUCGCGUCACGCUGCUGCGGGACCCCGCCAAGCUCAAGCUGACCGAGCUGGCCAACACGCAGCUCUCGGACUUCGACUUCGACAAGAUCCUGGACGCCCUGGAGAGCAACCUGACGACGCUGUCGCUGGAGGAGCUGGGCGAGCGGCUGACGAGCGCGGCGGGCGCGCGGGGGCUGGCGGGGUCGCGGGAGGGGGCGGACCUGCGCCGCGCCGCCGCCGCGCUGGCGCAGCUGCACGCCGACCUGCUGCUGCCCAUGCGCAACUACACGCUCCAGCUCAACCGGACGGCGACAAAACUCCGCGACGAGCUGCGGUUCAACCAGUCGUCGCUGAAGGCGGCCAUCUUGUACCACCUCCACGAGACCAACGAGGCCGAGGACUUCCUCAACAACCAGGGGCCGCAGCUGCUGGAGAACAUCACGGCGGCGUUCGCGGCGGUGGUGGAGCGCGAGGUGGGCGCGUACGGCGAGCGCCUGUCCGCCGCCGCCGCGCGCCACGUGGGCCGCUGCGGUCCGCUCUCCGCCGGAUUCAACGCCACGCGCGACGCGCUCUGCACCAAGCUGCUGCUGCCCGCGAACGGCUACUGGAUGUCGCUGGCGUGGGGCCUGCUGGUGCUGGUGCCGGUGCUGGUGGUGGCGCAGCGGCUGGCCGGGCUGUACCUGCAGGCCGACCCCUACCCCGGACCGCUAGUCGAGGCCGAAUAUUUGUAUGACGCGUACGCGGACCGCGAUAACGUACCCCUCGCCAACACGUACAAGGCGGAGAAGCGGGGCGGGCGGGAGGGGCGCGCGGGGCGGGGCGCGCGCGAGCCGGAGCCCGGCGCCGCCAGCCUGGCGCCCGCUGCCGACGCACAACACGCGCGCAGAUAUAAUGAUAUGGCGCCGAAACACUGGGAAGAAGGGCCUCCCCGAUACCACGGACCCACUGAGUACGAGCGACCACCCCCAUACUACUAUCCCGGACCAAACGAUAGACAGUAAAAUGGCGCUCACGGAGUUGGACGAGGAGCUACUCAAAUACUAACACGGACCUCACACGCACGCCCCCCUCCCACUGCCCCCGGGGGGUCCGGGGGCAGUGGGGGCAGUCCGCGCGGGUCCCUCUACCUUGUUGGUGCUCGUAGCAUGCAUUACUCUUCAGUAAAAUAGUGAAGUCCACUUACAGUGUGGAUGGCUCAUCAAAUAUAAUAUCACCGACGACUGGUUGAUAGCAAACCGAUAAAUCUGUAAUCCAGAAAUAUAAGUCAUGACUCGUUAUAGAACUACUAGUACUAGGUUAAGCUGAACUCUAUUGUAUUGUAAACGAAGAGUUUAAUGUAUAAGAUUCUGAUGGUACGUGAUAAGGUCUAAUAUCGUGUGAACGCUCAGCACAGGUGAGAGAUGACGGCGUGCUGUGCGGCCGCGUCCCGGAUCGGAUAGAGACGGCUCGUGUUGUCUCUGUCCGAUCCCGGGGCGUACGUAAUAUUUCCCUGAAAUUAAUUUUAUUUAAUAUUUGAUCCUAAAGUAAUCAGAAGCUCAACAUUAUACACGUGAAAUUAACGGUAUAUACGAACGACUCUAUACUUAUAGUCGUCAUAGAAACAAACAUUUAUAGGUAAUGAUGAAGUAGUCUUUAUUGUGUACAAAAUAAAGUUCAUUUUUGAACGUUUUUUUUAGAUAGUUGUAUGUAUUAUAAAUGUGAGCGAUAAGGUAUGAGUACUUGGUGCCAGUCUGCGGGGGUCCGGGGCCUCUGUGCGGGCGGCCUCGGCUCGUGUCGUGUGCAUCUAGCUAAACAAUUAUUAAUUAGUGUAGCGAUCUGUAAUUACAAUUAAUUGUUAGCUCCUUGUGUCGAUAAAAUAAAUCACAAAAACUGCCAUAUUGAAUUUUAUAGGUUAAUGUUUGUUCGUUCUAUUUGGGAGAUUUGGGAGUUGCGUAGGGGCGGGAGCUAUUUGCACCAGUGAGACUAACUGUAAUGAACUGUCGUCGCAUUUACUCUAAAAUUAAUAGCUAAAAUAAAUUAUAUCAAAAACAGAUAUGAAAAUUUCAGAAGGUAUUGUUGAUAUUUUUAAAUUUAAAAGCUUAGAUAACGCGAGUCCUUUUCAUUAUUUCAAAAAUAAAAAUCAAAAUUUUGAUGUUUGAUUUUAGUUACAGUAUUGAAAUAAUAUAUACACAACUUGAUGGACUCACAGAAAUUAUUUUGAACCCUUACUGAAAUGAUGCACAUAGAAAUAAUUAUAGUAUGCAAUUGUAAGAUGCAAUUCCAUGAUUCCUGUAUAGACUAUAUAUUAAUAAUUUGUUCGUUGUCAGUGCGCCGUUUAUUCUCCGCACAAGACGAUCUAAACGUAUGAGAUUCGGUAUUAUAGUUUCAAUUGUAUACUAGUAUUUAAUUAAUUAAUCUU